AUGGCGGCGGCCGAGUCCGACAGAGAACCACCGUCCGCUUUAUGUUCGGAAUUCCUCAAUUUCUCCGCCAAAGACACCGCGUCGCGGUGGCUGGCAGCGGCUGAACUGCAGCAGGAGGUGUACAGUCACCUGGCCACGUAUGUACCCAGAAUUCUUUGCCUGGGUCCGAGCGGCGGCGGCAGCAGCAGGGAGGAGCAGAGGGAGGAGCAGAGGGAGGAGCUGGCCUGUCAGCUGCUCCUCCUGGCUCCUCUGGAGUGGCUCCUGCUCGGGGAGGAGCCAGCGGCCGGCCUGGCUCAGCUACAGGAGAACAACCAGCCGUCACCGCUGUGUGGGCAUGUGUUCAAGGUGGGGGAGCCCACCUACUCCUGCAGGGAGUGUGCAGCUGAUCCAACAUGUGUUCUGUGCAUGCAGUGUUUCCUGGGCAGCGUUCACAAAGAGCAUCGAUACAGGAUGACCACGUCUGGAGGUGGAGGUUUCUGUGACUGUGGAGAUGCUGAGGCCUGGAAGAAGGGUCCUUACUGCCAGAAACACACACCCACAGACAACAGCAGAGACACUGAGGAGGACCCCGUAGCCCAGCUCCCAGCUGACAUGGUUGCCCGUGGUCACAGCAUCUUCUCCAUCAUUCUGAAAUACGCUGUGGACAUGCUGACCUGGGAACAGGAGGACCAGCUACCUGCAGGACUGGAGCCACCGGAGAGAGGAGACACCUACUACUGCAUGUUGUUUAAUGAUGAAGUCCACACGUAUGAACAGGUGAUCUACACUCUGCAGAAAGCUGUAAACUGCAGCCAGAAGGAGGCCGUCAGCUUCGCCACCACCGUCGACAGAGACGGCAGGAAGUCGGUUCGAUAUGGAGAUUUCCAGUUCUGCGAACAGGCCAAGUCUGUGAUAGUGAGGAACACCAGUCGUCAGUCGAAGCCCCUCAGGGUUCAGGUGAUGCACUCGUCUGUUGUUGCUCAUCAGUGUUUCGCUCUGAAGGCCCUGACCUGGUUGGGACAGAUCAUUCAGUACUCUGACGGUCUGAGGAGGAUCCUGUGUCAGGUCGGACUCCAGAAAGGGCCAGAAGGAGAGAACUCCUCACUGGUCGACCGACUGAUGCUGAACGACUCCAAGAUGUGGAAAGGAGCGAGGAACAUCUACCACCAGCUGCUGAUGAACAGCCUCCUCAUGGACCUCAAGUACAAGAAGAUCUUUGCCAUCCAGUUCGCCAAGAACUACAGACGCCUCCAGACAGAUUUUAUGGAGGACGACCACGAGCGAGUGGUGUCAGUGACCUCAUUGUCAGUUCAGCUCUUCACUGUCCCGACCAUGGCCCGGAUGCUGAUGGUGGAGGAGAACCUGAUGACCACCAUCAUCAGGACGUUUGUGGAUCACCUCCGUCACAGAGACCUGCAGGGGCGCUUCCAGUUCGACCGCUACACAGCCCAGCAGGCCUUCAAGUUCGGACGGGUCCAGAGCCUCAUAGGAGACCUCAAGUACGUCCUGAUCAGUCGUCCCUCUGAGUGGAGUGAUCAGCUCAGACUGAAGUUUCUAGAAGGUCUCGACGCUUUUCUGGAGCUGCUCAAGUGUAUGCAGGGCAUGGACCCGGUGGUGAGACAGGUGGGGCAGCACAUAGAGAUGGAGCCUGAGUGGGAGGCAGCGUUCACUCUGCAGAUGAAACUGACUCACAUCAUCUCCAUGAUCCAGGAGUGGUGCUCCGCUGACGAGCGCGUGUUGAUCGAGGCCUACAGGAAGUGUCUGAGCGCGCUCAGUCACUGCCACAGCGGCCUCCCAGACGGCGAGCAGCCAAUCAGCUUGAGCCUGGCCGGUCACUCUGUGGAGACGUUCAGGUACCAGGUGUCUCAGGACAAAGUGUCCAUACACCUGCCGGUCUGCAGGCUGCUGGCAGGUCUCCAUGUUCUCCUCAGCAGGACAGAAGUCGCCUCUCGUUUCCCUGAACAACUUCCUCUGGGUGAACUCAGCCCCCCCCUACUCAUCGAACUCCCCCUCCGCUGCCUGGUCCUCUGUGCUCAGGUGCAUGCUGGGAUGUGGAGGAGGAACGGUUUCUCGCUGAUCAACCAGAUCUAUUAUUAUCACAACGUGAAGUGCAGAGUGGAGAUGUUCGACAAAGACGUCAUCAUGCUGCAGGCCGGCGCUUCCAUGAUGGAUCCAAACCACUUCCUGAUGAUCGUUCUGAGUCGAUUCGAACUGGUCCACAUUUUCAGCUCCGCAGACUUCAGGAAGAGAUACAGAGAGGCCAACAAGGACGUGGUCCAACAGAACAACACUCUGAUCGAGGAGAUGCUUCACCUCAUCAUCAUGGUCGUCGGUGAGCGGUACGUGGCAGGUGUUGGACAGGUGGAGCCCUUUGAUGAGGUCAGAAGAGAAAUCAUCCAUCAACUGUCGAUCAGACCGAUGGCUCACAGUGAGCUGGUGAAGGCUCUGCCUGAGAACGGGAAUAAGGAGACUGGUCUGGAGAGAGUCAUCGACAGCGUCGCUUCAUUCAAGAAACCUGGUGUGACGGGUCGAGGUCUGUAUGAGCUGCGUCCUGAGUGGAACAAAUACUUCAACCUGUACUUCCAUCACUACAGCAGAGCCGACCAGUCGAAGGCCGAGGAGGCUCAGAGGAAGCUGAGGAGACAGAACGGGGAGGACACAGCCCUGCCCCCCCCUCCCCCUCCCCCUCUCUGUCCUCUGUUUGGCAGCCUGGUGAACCUGCUGCAGUGUGACGUGCUGCUGGCUGUAGAGGGCGCCGUGCUGCAGUGGGCUGUGGAGCCCAGUGGGGGGGGCUGGACCGAGUCCAUGCUGCAGAGGGUGCUCCACCUGGUGGGCAUGGCUCUGCUGGAGGAGCAGCAGCAGCUGGAGAACGGCAAUGGAGACGAUGACGUCACCUUCAACUACACCUGCAAGAUCACACGUCCAGGUGAAGCUCCCAGUACUUCAGGGAGUGUCCUGGCCUUGCUAGAGAGUCUGCAGAACGCUCCUCACCUGGAGGUCCACAAAGACAUGAUCACCUGGAUCCUCAAGAUGGUGGCAAACAUCAAAACAAUGAGAGAACGAACGUCGUCCACGUCCACUAUCACCAUCAGCCCGGGACAAGGACAGGAGGAGACGCUGAGAGACAAGGACAAGGCGGAGAGGAAGAGGAAGGCGGAGAUGGCCCGACUCCGGAGGGAGAAGAUCAUGGCUCAGAUGUCCGAGAUGCAGAAACAUUUCAUCAACGAGAACAAAGAACUUUUUCAACAAAGUCUGGAGGAGCUGGAGGCGUCGACGUCUGCUGCUGCAGAGAACAGUCCUCCCAGUUUGGUGCCAACCUGUGUUUCACAGGUGUGUGUUGGUCCCAGGAGGGUGGGCGGAGCCGAGCGUCGUCAGUUGGUGACCUGUAUCCUGUGUCAGGAGGAGCAGGAGGUCAGAGGUCACGGCAGAGCCAUGGUGCUGGCUGCGUUCGUCCAGCGGUCGACCGUUUUGUCCAAAAACCGCCGCCGCAACCUACCCGACCCCGAGCGGCACGACCCUGUGUUCAUGCACCCUGACCUGUCUCUGGGGAUUCACACAGCCAGCUGUGGACACAUCAUGCACGCCACCUGCUGGCAGAGGUACUUUGAGGCGGUGCAGUUGAAGGAGCAGAGACGUCAGCAGCGUCUUCGAGGUCACACCAGCUACGACGUGGAGAACGGAGAGUUUCUUUGUCCGCUCUGCGAGUGUCUGAGCAACACUGUGAUCCCUCUGCUGCCACACACUCACACACCUGACCACAGGUGUGCUUCCUCUCUUUUUUCUCUCAGUGUCAAUCAUCCCAGUCUGGAGGCGUGGCUUAAGACAACCAAUCAACAGAUAGCAGCACUACACUCCACCCACAGGAUGCAGUCUGACGGUGCAGCAGAGGGGGUGGAGCCUGUCGUUCCUGAAGGAUUCAGAGUCGACUUCACUCCACAGAACCCGUUCUCCAGCAGCAUCAGUGAGAUGAUCACUACCUUCAGCAUGUCGACCUACAAGGUGGGACUGAAGGUGAACCCCAAUGAGCAGGACCACCGAGUCCCAGUGCUGAGCUGGUCCACCUGCGCCUACACCAUCCAGAGUAUAGAGCGCCUCCUGAUGGACGAGGAGAAGCCGUUGUUUGGAAGUUUACCUUGUCGACAGGACGACUGUCUCAGCUCUCUGACCAGGUUCAGUUCGGCCUGUUGGACCGCAGCUCCACUGAAAACGAUUCACACACACUUCAUCAGACUGUUUGCAGCCCUGGUUCCUGACUCUCAGGUGGAAAACACUGUGUGUAUCCUCGACAUCGAUAUGUUUCACCUGCUGGUUUACAGUGUGCUGUCCUACACCUCGGUUCACAGUCUGGACCAAUCAGGACGCAGUGUGGUUGACUCAGCCCACCUCCACGUCCUUCACCUGGUCACUGUGGCUCACCUGGUUCAGAUCCUGCUCACCUCCGCCACAGAGGAUGUGUGUAUGGAUCAGGACAGUGCAGGAUCAGAGGAGGAGGAGUUCACAUGUCAGCUCUAUGACACACUGAGGAAACACCUGGGCAGUUUGUUACCAGAAGUGUCCUCUGGGUGGCAGUUGUGGCAUUGUGUUAAAACCGGCAUCCUGCCGUUCCUUCGAGCCGCCGCCCUCUUCUUCCACUACCUGAACUCUACAGCGCCACCUGCUGACCUGCUGGUUGCAGGUCCUGGUCAAUGGGAGGCGGUGUGCAGCUACCUCAGUCUGCCCUCCAACCUGCUGCAGCUCUACCAGAGCCAACACACACUGCUGGAGCCACUCAUACACAGGUGGUGUUGUCAUCCAGGUGUGAGACAGACACUGCAGGGGGGCGGAGUCAUCGUCAGGUUCCCGAGAGAGUCAAACCGGCUGAUUGAGCUGCCGGAAGAUUACAGCGUCCUGAUCAACCAGGCAUCCAGCUUCACGUGUCCGCGGUCAGGUGGAGAUAAGUCCCGUGCUCCCACCCUGUGUCUGGUCUGUGGCUCCAUGUUGUGUUCUCAGAGUUACUGCUGUCAGACGGAGGUGGACGGAGAGGACGUAGGAGCCUGCACCGCCCACACCUUCACCUGUGGAGCCGGCCUUGGACUCUUCCUCAGGGUCAGAGAGAGUCAGGUGUUGUUUGUAGCAGGUAAAACAAAGGGCUGUUUCUAUCCUCCUCCUUACCUGGACGACUACGGAGAGACCGACCAGGGACUCAAGCGGGGGAACCCCCUCCACCUGUGUCAGGAGCGCUACAGGAAGAUCGAGCGUCUGUGGCGGCAGCACGGCGUCGCUGAAGUCAUUGGUCACGCUCAGGAGGCCAAUCAGACGCUGGUCGCCAUCGACUGGCAACACCUGUGAUGCUUCUGCUCGGCUCCGCCCCCUCAUGCUUAGAAAGACAGCAAGUUAUUGGCUCGCAGCUUUUAC